AUACAACCCACCUCUUUACCGGACCUCGAGCCGCCUGGGUCUUUUUUUUCAGUUUUUCCAUCAUGUCCGUCAAGUUUGCCAUCAGCUCUGGCACUCUGUCACUGGCGCUAUUGCUCUUCGGCCAUGGCCACCUCACCAAGGCAGCAAAGGACCCGGACACUACUUAUAUUUACUUUGACAAUAUCCCAUAUCUUGCCAACGCCUCCAAUGUCAUCCCGAUGUCCUGGUCCGCGCUGGAAGCCGGCUUUGCAGAUCCCAUCCGCGAGGACGUUGCCAAUUUCACCGGUCUAGACUGGACAAAGCCGUACCCCGGGAGCCCGCUGCCAGGCUUCACUGCCCAUCUGCGGAUAGCGGACCACCUGCCUUUUCCGCCCGCUGUGACGGAGGAGAAUGCCACAAUCGACGUAGCAGCUCUCAACAACGGCAUCCCACCGUCCAUGAGAAAGGCAGAUGGCCUCCCCAAGAGCAUGCAUCCCUCGUGGUACAUCUGUCAGCACUACUAUGUCAGCAACCUGCCUGACGCAGCCUCUGACGUUGCGCACGACUGCUCCUUUUUGCCGAGCCAAUGUCAGAAGGACUUGAAAACCGACAUGGUUGCGGACUGGGGAGCAUACGCGGACGACUCGGGCGGUAUCAUGUGCAGCGGAUGGUCCCUUGACACCAUCACGCCAAGCUGCCAAGAGGCCCUGGGAUUUGUGACAGCAGAUGUGCUGGGUUUUGAUGCGUCCUAUCUCGAAGAUGAGGUCGGGGCCAGAGAUGCGACAGUGGAUCAAGUCGGACGCUAUUCGUGGAUGGUUGGCGACGGUUUCCAGGAACCAAGCACAGGGACAACGUACCAUGCUGCCGCCAACAGGACCUAUCUUGUUGCUACUGUGUUUGGGUACAGUUCUGGGUAUAAAAGUUCAGUCCAGCCGAGGGUGGAACUUUCAUGUCUUCGACCAAAGUGGAUCGCACCUCCAGAGCCCGCAGAGCCGACUGAGACCACCACUUCUUCAUCCUUUGCUCCUUCUUUUACCUCUUCUUUUACCUCGACCUCGUCAGGCUCAGCAUCUUCAAAGACAACGUCGGCGGCCUCUUCCAUGUCAUCGUCUUCUGGGUCCAGUACGGCUAUGUCUUCCAAAACUGCUCCGGCCUCAUCGUCGUCACUGACUCUGAGCAAGACUACUACUUCCACUGCGCCUGCAUUGCCCUCCUCCACUACGCACUGCACAGGUGGUACCACGGCUGAAGGGAUUUCGGGCAAUCUCCUCGGACUUUGUUCCUACAGCUGUGAUUUUGAUCACUGCCUCGACUCUGCUUGUGUCUGCACCCGGUUUGCGGCGGCAGCAGUUCCGGCACCAGCCCAAUUGGCAGGGAAACACGGGUGCCCGGCAGACAAUCAGAAACCUACCAACUCGGACUAUGCGUAUUAUGUUGAUUUGUGUGAGUUUAUUUGCAGUCGGGAGGUCGUGAAGCAGUGCAGGAAGCUUCCCGAGAGCAACUUUGCUCGGGCACGCAAUGCCCGGCUCAUCAUGAGCAACCAGAUCCCGAAAAUGGUAACGGACGACGCUAAACCCUACUGUUUCUGGCACCCCGACAUUCCCAGCGAAAGGACACUCCGUCGGCUGGUAAAUCACUAUCCCGACAUGGCAUAUCUUGCUGGUCGGGCAUGCGCCGUGGCAGGAUACCAUGAGUUGUAUCAUGAGCUUGACCUCCUUCCCGAGGUGUCGAUUGCCGAAGAGGCUAGGGAACAAAAUAACCCAGGAUCCAAGGCCAUCUUCGAGCACAUCAUGAAACAGCCGGUUUGCUACGCCGUCUUGGACGACUACACCAGGACUAACAAUUACGAAAACCCACGGUGUCCGGCCUUUAUGAACGGAGAUACAGCCGUCCGAUCAACGCUGGACGUGACAGUCGCCCCGGAGGAUUAUUGGGGUGAACAUUAUUUCAAUCUGGACAGCGACGGGUUUCCGUUCGACAUCACCGAGGACGGCCACAUUGGCGAGGUCACGACGCACGCAUCGUAUAAUCAGGCAGAGCAGGGAACACUACCGCCGGAACACGUCGAGCUGCUUUAUUUACCUCUGCCCCUGCAUCUGCCCACCAUGGUCAAAGACCCGCUGAUCAUCAUGGCCGCUUAUGAAGGCAAUCUGGACCGCUAUCUCCGCUUGCGUCGGCCGCACAUGAUCAUGGGCGAGCACGGCGCCGUCCUUCGCGGGAUAUACCACAACACCACCUUUGCCAAGUGGUGGUCGCUUCAGCCACGGGAUGGACACAACUCGGGGUUUAUCCGAGCAGCCACCCUUGCGCGUUUUAUCAUGGUCAACGACCUGUCGCACAUGACGGAAAACGAUCCCGAUCCCGAAGCCAACCACAAUGAGAUCCCCGGCAUGAUCUGGUGGCCACUCGUCCCCGCCGAGAGAACGCUCGAGGUCCUCGCCAAACGUCGGCCGGACAUGCACCUCCAAGUGGCCAUGGCCUGCAUCGCCGGAAACUACAAGGAGCUAUGGGACAAGCUGGCACCGGAGCCAUCCAAACAGCUGUGGGACAUGGCUACUUCUCAGCGCGAUGCUAGCGUCCGGAACCACUUUGUCGAGUACCUCGAGCGUCGUGCUUCCGAGCUAGGACAAGUGGCAGACGACCGCCCCCUCCCUCAGGGCCUGGUUACGGAGUGCGACUAUCCUGCGCACGACUGGUGCUGGGACGCAGCGAGAGUCAUCAAGGAACCGUUUGAUCCCUUUUUACAGUACUCCCCGUGCUUUCUGCCUAGGGAUAUUGUCAUAAAGGCGACGGACGACCGUUUUGAUAUGGAGAACAUCUAUGGAGCAUUCGAGCAGCCUUGUAUGGCUAGGUGGGAACUCCGUAUGUGUGCGACGGUGGAGACGAUGGCCAAAAUACCGGAUGGUGAGGAUGGCUUGAGGUUGUAUGAUGAUUGUGGUGAUGAUGAACAGGGGCCGUCAACCAAGGACACGGAGACGAAUAAUUCCCUAGAGGUAUCUUCGAAAGAAGCGGAUGACGACGACGUGGAAGCAAGCAGCCAGGAUAACGACGGGAACAUAACACCACGGACCGAUCAUGAUCCAUCCUAACAAAAUUUCAAGACUUGAUACUGUGGCUAAAAUGCAUGGUACCUUAUAUAUACAAAGAAACGCACCUUUUACUCCGAUGCUCGCUCGCGCCACCCUUAGUUGUGCUUUUCUUCAUGAUCUGAUCCCAAUGAGCCCCAUCCAGAUCCCUAGUGUAGUCAGCUCUUCCAUUACACAGUUUGAGGCUAUACUGGUAACCGGACUGGACUUCAAAACGGCCAAUCCAUAACCG